UGGGCUGAUGAGCGAGUUGAGGGUAGGGCCGUGAGGAGGAAGUGGAGGGGCCACCUUGCAGCUUAUCUCCUGGUCUGGAAGGUGAAGUGUCUGGCCUGUCUGGCCUCUCCCAGGCAUGCUACUCUCUGGCAGCUGGUCCUGCACCCGCAUCUGGGACAGUUCUCCAAACUGGGAAAUAGUUCUCUGAGUUACAGGAGGGGAGGAGCUUAGGGGGGCCGUGCUUGCUGGGCUGGGAAGCAGGCUUUCCCUGUGACGAGUCUGGUUGGCCAAGCUGGGCAGCCCUUGGGCAGGGAGAAUAGGGAUACACCCUGGCCAGAGAGAGAGGCAGUGGGAGAAAGAGAAGUGCCUGUACUUGAGCCCUGAGUGACGGUGGACAGGGCAGGGGGCAAGCAGGGGCAGCUCCACCAGGAAAUUGCAAAUGAGAGGAAGCAGCAGGACUUAGACGCCUGGGGAGCAAAGUGGUGAGCAGGCCCAGCCCUCCUUCGCAGCCAGGCCUUAGGCUCUGGGUUGAGGCUGCAGGCAGUGGUAGCUUCAAGGGUGCCUAGCCUUCAGAGCACGGUAGGUGGGCUGGUGUGGAUGGCAUAGAGUGGAAGAAUGCAGUUCUCAGUCACCCCAAAGUUGUCCCACCUGAAGUUGGGGCUCAGCGUUGAGGAGAGUGCCUGCUUGCUGUGCCCCCAGGUUAUGACGACCCCCAGUAAAGGAAACAAGGCCUUGAAGGUGAAGCGGGAGCCAGGUGAGAAUGGCACCAGCCUGACUGAUGAGGAGCUGGUGACCAUGUCGGUGCGGGAGCUAAAUCAGCACCUGCGGGGCCUGUCUAAGGAAGAGAUAAUCCAGCUGAAGCAGCGCCGACGCACACUCAAGAACCGUGGCUAUGCCGCCAGCUGCCGCGUGAAGCGGGUGACCCAGAAGGAGGAGCUGGAGAAGCAGAAGGCGGAGCUGCAGCAGGAGGUGGAGAAGCUGGCCUCAGAGAACGCCAGCAUGAAGCUGGAGCUUGACGCCCUGCGCUCCAAGUAUGAGGCCCUGCAGAACUUCGCCAGGACCGUGGCCCGCAGCCCCGUGGCACCGGCUCGGGGCCCCCUUGCUGCUGGCUUGGGGCCCCUCGUCCCUGGCAAGGUGGCCGCCACCAGCGUCAUCACAAUAGUAAAGUCCAAGACGGACGCCCGGUCGUAGGGACGCGCACUUGCCUAGGCGGGUCUGUGGGGGGCCAUUAGGCACAUGGCGAAUUCGGCAGCCCUAUCCCCUCCUUCCUCCUCCCUUCUUCCUCCUUUUCUUUCGUCUUCCUCUCCUACCUCCUCCCUUCCCUGCAAAGCACAACCCGCACCCCAGGGGCGCCGGGCUGAGCCCCUUUGAUCUCGUCAUUGUCAUCGUGUGUUUUGUACAUUGGGAUUGGUCAGUUCGGCGGUGAUGUGGGGUCGCCCCAGCCCCCUUUGUACCAAGGCCAUGCAGGCUUGGAGUCCAGAGCUGGUCCUGUAGGAAUGGACAGAGUGAGCGCUCUGGGGCUUGUGUGUCCCUGAGCAGGGAGGGCUCCACGGCCGGAGGGGCUGCUCUCCACUCCCGAGUGGCCCACAGACCCUGAUGGCUGCCCGGCUGGCAGGGAGCUGUGUCGUUCACUCUCAGCUCAGCCAGCAGACAUAGACGGGCGCUGCUCUGGAGAGUAGGUGUCCUUGAGGGCCCUGGACGGGCGGGCCACCAGCCUGGGUGCUGGGAAGUGGGGUAAUGUAUGCCUGUAGGCCAGGGGCCGUGGCGCUUGCGCCUGAUGCAUUGCACUGAACAAGACCAAAUCACUGGUUGUGAGCGUGUGUGAGGGUGUGUCCAGUGUCCUGCAGUGGGUCCCGUGUCACUGUUUACAUGACCUAUUUGUGUGGUUACAUAGCCUUUUAUUUAAAAGAGAGAAGUUCCUUUUACAAAGUUAUUAAAUUAUAUGUUUAAAAGCUAAAGAAAAAAAAAGAGCUGCAGAGUAUUUAUAAAACUGUCUUUUUAAAAAAAACAAAUAGGAACAUUUGACCAUAUAAAUGGGAAAUGGAAGAAAGUAUAAUAGAAACUUUGCUAGUUUAAAAAAAGAGAAAAAAAGAAAAAAAAUCCCUUUGUUGUAAACUUACGAACAAGUCUUUGUGGCUGUUGGAAUUUAGUUUUUAUAUACACAGAGUUAUCAGAUGUUAUUUAUAAAACUUAGUUUGAAAAAAGACAAAAAAAAAGCCAAGCAGCAAGCGACCAGAAGGCACGGCCUGACGUCCUCUUUGCUAUCUCGUUUGCAACUGUACCGAAAGUGACUUACUCCUUUGCCCUUCCUGCUUCCGUUGUCUCUUGCCGCUGCCGUGGUGUGGUCCGUGCCUGGUGAGGUCUUGUGCAGCGUCACGUGCUGGUGCUCCUGGUGACCUUUGACCUGUGGGUGUCACUUCUUGUAUCUGCUUUCCCAUGUUUGUUUUUUGGAUUUGGUUGUGUUUUUGCUUCUUCUGGCUUGCUGGGCCUGGGCCAGAGUGUCAGGCGGUGCCUGCUCCAGUGCAGCUUGAGGGUCUGUGCCCGCCAGCCUGGCCCUUUCCGCCUGGGCCCCCAGGGGGUCAGAUGUGGGGCUCUGCUGCUCCCACCCCUGCUAACCCUUGGCUUUGCACGUGUUUCUAGGGCUUGGGCUGAUCCAGUGGCAGGGUAGGUGAAACUGUGGGCCAUGCUGCAGCCCCGCCAUGCUGCUUCCAUACCAACUGCCUCUGACCCUGGAUGGGGGCUUUGCAGGGACCAAGGAGUCACUGUGGGUGCCCACAGGGCCACAGCCAAGCUGUUCCUGGCCGUUUUCCUUCUGUCCUCCAAUCAACAUGCUUGAGCUCUGGCUGCAGACCCGGGCUUCGUUCCUGGAUGCUUCACGUGGGCCUCAGCAGGGGGACCCCAGGGGCCCACUUAUCCCAGAACUGUUUCCGUGCUGCGGGGCAGUGCUUCGCAGGCAGAACCAGGUAGUUUCAGAGUCCACCUGGGGCAGCCCUUUCUCCCUGCCUGAGGGCUUGGGGGGGUCUCCACUAGUGCCAGACAAGGCUACAGUCUCCAGGGCCAGGUCCUGUUCCUCAUCUCCUGCUGAACAUGGUAGCAGCUUGCGGCUUUGGACCCUCUUCUGCCUCCCUUUGGGGUCUGUGUCUUCCAGGGAUCCACUGCUCGGCUGUGGAGGUGCUUUUCUUUGGGGCUGAGCCUGCCAUCCCAUCCCAGCCUCUCAGUGGAGGCAGCCGGUCUUCCAGAUUUGGCUUGGAAGGUCCUUGUAGGCUCGUGACAAGGGCUGCCUGCAAUGCCCGCCCCCAAGAGGCUACUACCCUGUCUCUGGUCACAUGGGCCUCAGCCUCUCCUUGGGGUCUCUCAUUGGCUUCUCUGAGGGCCCUGAACCCCUGAAAAGCACAGAAGUGUGGGCUGGUGAAAAGAAAAACAGUAUGGCCUGGCAUGAUUUAACCUAGUGUGCCUGUGGGAUAGGAGUAGGUACGUGCUGUCAACUUCUGUCAUCGCCCCUAGAUGCUCAGAGGCAUUCCCCGUUGUACCUGGGUCAGCCUGCAAUGGAAAUUUUGACCGUUGACUCUGAACCGCUUGGUGGCUUCUUCCCCCUCCCUGCAGUCUGGCUUUUGUUUACCUAGGGUCCAGACGAGAGUCGUUGAUGUUGGUUGUAGCAGCGACAAAUUGAAAUCGCGUCACAAGAAUCCCUAAAGAGAGGUCCUGCCCUGCCUAACAUGUCCAUUUACGGUUCCCACUUUGGCUGGGAGGUGGUUGUCUGUCUCUGAACCCAUGCCAUACUGUAGACUUGGAGAGCAGAGGGAAGGAGGUGGGCGAGGAAGGUGGGAGGAGGGUUUGAGGGUAGGCAUAUGCCGAACAGAAAUUGCAGAAAAGGCUUUGGUUUACAGAAAAAGCUUCUGGAGUUAGUGAAGCCUUGCUUUCUUUCAAGAUUUUUGGAUUUCGAGCAAGUGUUCCUUGGUUCUGGGGGAGCAUCAUGUUCCAGUCAAGCCAGCCCUGUGGGGCCACUCUGCCCCUUUUCUGCUUCACCUUGGUUUCUUGACAGUAGAUCCUAUGUCCACAUGUGACUGGUUGGUGUCUUUCUGAUUCUUGUUAAUUCUGUUUUCCUACUGUGAGAGUGUUGUGUUCGCUCUUUCUUCAACUUUUCUGACACAGCGAAUUGAGGACUUUGGCUGAGGCCAGGUCUCCCAAACUUGUCCGCUAAGUAAACCAUAAUGUGCACCUUCCCUCCCACCUUGCCCUUGCCCAACUCCUUCCUUUCCCGACCUGGACGCUCAGAUUUCAGAGGAGAACCCAGUGAUAACAGGUCAGCUCCUGCCCAGUGUUGGCCCCAGGGAGACCUCCCCACGGCCCCUGACUGCUGCUCUGGGUGGCACUGCUGUUGUGCAGGUGAGAAAACACGGCUGCUCCGUGGCAGCUGUGUGGUGUCCUGGUUUCUGGUGGGUGCCAGGUCUCCCCUGGAGGCUUUUCUGCUCUUGGUCCACACUUGUGGUCUGUGUGCACAACCCUGACCGUCAGCAGCAGCCUCAGUGGUCGGUGCCGCAGCCCACAGGACUGAUCGGCCACAGCCUGCUUUGGGACAGGUGGUCAAGGCCUAUCCUCUACCUGCUGCGUCCCACUCUCUGGGGUGGCCUAUUGGCCAAAGCUCCCAUCCCAUAGCUGGGAAGCCCAAGCCACAGCCUGAAGCACCGUUUCCGCUCUGGGAUCUUGUAAGUUACUAUUUUAGGCUGUGGUUUGGUGAAAGGAACCAACACAUUAACGAUUUUUUUCCCCAGAAGCCACUAAAUAAUUCUUAUGGGCAUUUUUUCACCUUCCACUUGGCUGUCUGGUUUUGGAGCAGGUGGGAAGAGCAGAGGACGCACAGAGGCAAGGGUGCCCUCGAGACCAGUGGCCCGUCCUCCUUCUGGCCUAUGUGUCCUGGGCGUGUGCUGUACUUCUUAGGCCAGUUGCACACAUUCCCCCCCCCACCCUGGAGCAGCAGCCUUGGUACGUGGCUGUCCUGCCAGUUUGAGCUGGAGCGUAGGAGAGUGCAUCCCUGAUGAGCUGUGAAGGGUGACCCCUCCAGCAACCUCGUUUCCCAGCUGUGCCCUUCUCCCCAUCCACUCAAUCUGCUAGUCCUUGAAGCCUUGAACCAAACGGGAGUGGGUACAGAAAACCUUCUCCAGGUAUCUUAGGGCAACAGGACAAGGGCUGCCCAGUGUGUCCAGCUCUGCUGCUCUCCUGGCGCUGAGAGGGUGGGGCCGAGCCGAGCCGAGUUGAUCAGAUCCUGCCUGCCCUGCCUAGGGCUGAAGCCAGGGGAGGUGGGGGUACGCUGGGAUCUGCUGGGGCGGGGUUGUUGAGGAUCCGAGUGGGGAGGGGCCUCGCUGGGCCGCCCGCGUCCACCCUGCCCUGUGCAGUAUUUAUUGCUAAAUUAUUGUCCAGGAGGGGCGGCACUGGGCCGGGCCCCGGGUAUUUAUUGCUGUACAUAGUGUAUGUUUGUGAUAUAUAAGGUUUUCUUUAUUUUGUAUAUGAUUAAUAAACACCUUUUAAAGAGA